GUUCGUGGCCGUCGGUUGUGUCCCGAGACUAGGACGUGGCUCCAGGGUGUUCCAGACCCUGGAAGGGCGUCUCUUCAAAGACCUGUGUUUCCAGAACGUUCCAGAAGUGCACGGUGGCAGCGGGCCCACGUGGCUGAGGGAGAGCAGGUGCUGGGGAGCUGGGUGAGGGCAGGUGAGCCCAGGCUCCACUGGUGGCCCCAAGGGGCGCCCAUGCCUGCUGUGAUGAUAGCAGCACUCAGGUCUCUCUGUAGCUCCCAGAGUGCGGCCACUAAGGCACUGGGUUGGCCUGGGUGGAAUGGAGGCAGGAUGGGGCCCCCCAAACUCCUGUCACUGCUUCAGUGACUGCCCAGAGCAGCCGCAAGUGGGGCUGGCAGGGAUGAGGAGGAGGUGGCCUGGGCUCGGGGGACCGUGUACAUUCUGAGUUGGAACCCGGGGAGCAGCAGAUUUGGGGCUGUGAUGAGGAGAGACCUACGGGUUGCCCAAUGGAGAGAAAAGGGACAGGAAGAGGCAGGAGCUUCAGAGACUACUCUAUGCCACUCUAGCCUGAGGGACUGGAACUUAGUCCUGGGGCACUAGGGAGCCAUGGGAGGGUUGGGAGCAGGGGGCGAAGCAAGAUCAAACUCCCGUGAGAAGCCAGCCGGCCAAAUCCAGGCUGAUGUGGCAAGAACGGCAGCUGUCCAGGGCCGUGUGGGAGUCAGACACAGCCCCUCGCUUCCCGGAAAAGGCCACGCGAAGCCGAGGCAGGAUGCAGGAGGGCGUCCCAGGCAGAGUCCAGCUCAGAGUGGUUGGAGCAUCAUGUGCGAUUUGGGGUGCUGAGGAGUGCGCAGGGCAGCUGGUCCUUUUCCGUCCCUCCCCGUGAAGGAGGGAGGCUGGUAGCUUUGCCAGCAGCUGUGCAGCAGCAGGGGUGGCCCAUGGACCUGCCCGAGGGCCCGGUGGGUGGUCCCACUGCGGAAAUGUACCUCUGGGAGCAGCCUGAGGAGGCAAGGCUGGGGAUGCCGGUCAGCUUGGAGGAGCAAAUACUCAACUCCACAUUCGAAGCUUGUGACCCUCAGAGGACAGGCACUGUGGCUGUGACCCAGGUGCUGGCCUACCUGGAGGCGGUGACAGGCCAGGGCCCCCAGGAUGCACGCCUCCAAACGUUGGCCAACAGCCUGGACCCCAAUGGGGAGGGCCCUAACGCCACUGUGGACUUGGACACUUUUCUGGUUGUCAUGCGUGACUGGAUUGCUGCCUGUCAACUACAUGGGGGAUUAGAGCUGGAAGAGGAGACCGCCUUCCAGGGAGCCCUGACCUCCCAGCAACUGCCAUCUGGAUGCCCAGAAGCUGAGGAGCCAGCCAACUUGGAGAGCUUCGGAGACGAAGACCCCAGACCCGAGCUGCAAGCCACAGCUGACCUGCUGAGCAGCCUGGAGGACCUGGAGCUCAGCAACCAACGUCUGGCUGGGGAGAAUGCCAAACUCCAGCGGAGCGUGGAGACAGCUGAGGAGGGGUCGGCACGCCUUGGGGAGGAGAUCUUGGCUCUGCGCAAGCAGCUUCGCAGUACCCAGCAGGCUCUGCAGUUUGCCAAGGUGGUGGAUGAGGAGCUGGAGGACCUAAAGACUCUGGCCAGGAGCCUGGAGGAACAGAAUCGCAGCCUUCUGGCCCAAGCCCGGCAGGCGGAAAAGGAGCAGCAGCAUCUGGUGGCUGAGAUGGAGACUCUGCAGGAGGAGAAUGGGAAACUGCUGGCCGAGCGGGAUGGAGUGAAGAAGAGAAGUCAGGAACUGGCCAUGGAGAAGGACACUUUGAAGCGGCAGCUCUUUGAGUGUGAACACCUCAUUUGCCAACGAGACACCAUCCUCUCUGAGCGCACUCGCCAUGUGGAGAGCCUGGCCCAGACCUUGCAAGAAUACAGAGUGACGACGCAGGAACUGAGGCUGGAGAUUUCACGCCUGGAGGAGCAGCUGAGUCAGACCUAUGAGGGGCCCGAUGAGCUACCUGAAGGGGCCCAGCUGAGAAGAGUAGGCUGGACCCGGCUGCUGCCCCCAUCGCUGGGCUUGGAGAUCGAGGCCAUUCGACAGAAUCAGGAAGUGGCAAUUGCUGGUCUCUCCAACCCUCUGUGUGGGGUGUGGCAGUGGGAGGAAGUCAUCCAUGAUACCAGUGAGGAUGCUGAGUUUCCAUCUGAAGCCCCAGCUGGGGGACAGAGAAACUUCCAGGGACAGCCAGCGCACCAUGGAGAGGGAAGGAAGGAGCCAUCCAUGUGGUUGACCAGAAGAGAGGAAGAGGAGGAUGCAGAGAGCCAGGUCACGGCUGAUCUCCCUAUGCCUCUAGGAGACCCUCGCCCUGGAGACAUCCCAGAAAGCCCUCCAGAGAGGCCUGCGCAGCAGGAACUCCAGCAAGCCUUGGUGCCUGUGAUGAAAGAGCUGGUCCCAGUCAGGAGGAGGCCCUGGGGCCAGCUCUGCCUGCCCCCACAGCGGCUCAGGGUCACUCGACAUCCACUGAUCCCAGCUCCGGUCCUGGGCCUGCUGCUGCUGCUGCUGCUCUCUGUCCUGCUGCUGGGCCCGUCCCCACCUCCCACCUGGCCCCACCUCCAGCUCUGCUACCUGCAGCCCCCUCCAGUGUGAGAGGCUCCACUUGCCCCUCAGAGCAGCGUCUAGCUCAGUAAAUCCCCCAGCCCUCUCUCCACUCAGAUCCCCAUUGUUAGUCCAGUGUUGCGCCGGCUUACCCCAGAUACAGUACGGGGGAUCCACAUCCCUGUGUUGGGUUUUUAUGUGAAGUCUGCUAGUUGUUUAAUGUUGACAUUUCUUAACAAUAGCAAAACUCCCCAGUAAUGGAUUAAGCACUAAGGAUUAUUCCUUCACAAAACAAGCCUGGCAAGGGCAGCUGUGGGCACACAGCUAAGUCUCGUUGCGUCAGGGUCGAGGCCUCAGUGAUUCUCCUGUCCCCUCCCUCAUGCUCAGGAGUUGGCGAUUGUAGCUUCCUACGUCACAUCUGCGGGAGAUGGAAACUUUUCCCUUCCUUUUUAUAAAGAGAGGCAGUAGCCUCCGUGUGCAGUGGGUACAUUCAAAUCAUACUCGUAAUAAAAGAGAAGCAGUUGCCUGCCCAGAGCCA